GAGAAAAGGGUUUUUUAGGAUUCUUUAAACGCAGAGCUGAGCUGAGUUACAUAAGAUCGAGAGAAUUCGCAAACUCGUUUCUUCAUUCGUCUUCGUCUUUCGCCAUGGCUGCUCUACAAUACUUGGAAUCUCUGAAAAAUACGCAUCCAGAGCUCGGCGAAUGGUACAAUUCCCUUGCAGAUCUGUAUCAGAAAAAGCUCUGGCAUCAACUCACCCUUAAGCUCGAACAGUUCAUCGCUCUCGCUGUCUUUCAGGCUGGUGAUGCUUUGAUUCAGUUCUAUCACAAUUUCAUCACUGACUUUGAGACGAAGAUCAAUCUUCUGAAGCUUGCGCAUUUUGCUGUGGUGGUCUCUCGACAGUACUCUGAGAAAGAAGCUGCAGUUAGCUAUCUUGAAAGCGUGAUUGAGAAACUUAGAGCUACUAAAGAGCCUAGGAUUACUGAACCAAUCAUUUAUAUUGAAACACAAAAAGCUUUAUUCAAGCUUGAGCAAGGUGAUCAGAAGGAGUGCAAAAAAAUCUUGGACGAUGGAAAGAGCUCUCUUGAUAGUAUGACUGACAUUGAUCCAUCAGUCUAUGCCAACUUCUAUUGGGUGUCUUCUCAGUACCAUAAGUGCCGUCAAGAAUUUUCUGAUUUCUACAAAAGUGCUCUGCUUUAUCUUGCAUACACGUCUGUGGAGGACCUUUCAGAAUCGUUUAAGCUGGAUUUGGCUUUCGAUUUGUCACUAUCAGCUCUACUUGGGGAGAACAUCUAUAACUUUGGGGAACUGUUAGCCCAUCCCAUUUUGAAAAGUCUCCUUGGAACAAAUGUGGAAUGGCUCUACCACAUUCUACAGGCAUUCAACCAUGGUGAUUUAGUUCAGUAUCAAGAACUAUGCCGUGUGCACAACGCAUCCUUGAUUGCUCAACCAGCACUUGUUGAGAACGAGAAGAAGCUUUUGGAAAAGAUCAACAUUCUCUGCCUUAUCGAGAUCAUCUUCAGCCGACCCGCUGAAGAUAGAACCAUUCCUUUGAGCAUCAUCGCUGAGCGUACUAAACUUUCCAUUGAAGAUGUUGAGCACCUUCUCAUGAAGAGCCUUUCUGUAAGUAUUAGUAUCUCCUUGCAUUUUUCUCUCUUGUGUUCUUUUAGUACCCAAAAAACUCUGCAGCUUCCGGGUUAAAAUCUGUUGUGGUGACCAAGGAAAGAGUUUGUCUGAGUGACCAACAUAAUGAUACUGAACUACCUGUCAUCUGAUUAAGAACAACAUAGUAAACAUCACCAUACGCAUUGUAUCUCUAGGUUUAUGUAUUUGCAGUUGUCGUCUUAUUGCGUAAUUUUGUUAUAGAACUCAAAUGAUCUUGACUGGUUUUGUUCCUGACUUAGACAUAGAAUGAUUGUGUAUGCUUCUGUAGAAUCUAAAGUGGAAAAUGAAUGAUACAGGUGCAUUUGAUCGAGGGCAUCAUAGACCAAGUGAACGGAACAAUUUAUGUCUCAUGGGCGCAACCGAGAGUACUAGGGAUUCCACAGAUCAAGGCUUUGAGGGAUCAAUUAGACAGUUGGGUUGACAAAGUUCACACCACUUUACUAUCUGUUGAAGCCGAGACACCAGAUCUUGUUGCAGCAUAAGAGAAAAGAAAACCUUCUUCCUCCUUUUGAAGCUACUGAAUGUAAAACACCAUCUUCUCUGGGAUUAGAUUCAAGUUUUUUAUUUCAGUCGUAGAAGAAAUUACAAUUGCUUUUUAAUCUUUUGACUUCCAUUUCAAGAUGUCCGAAAUUUCAGUUCUACAUUUAGACUAUUUUCAUACAUUUUUUCUUAAAACAUGUCCUUGACAAUCAUUCAUUAUUCACAUAACCAUAACAAGUCAAUCAGUUUAU